UUAAGAAAAACUGAUCCGAGAAAAGGAACCAGAGCCUUUCCCAACCGAGUGAAAGCUGCGGAAAAUACCCGAAAUCAAUACACAGCUGGUUCACUUCUACCCCGCCGACAAGAGGAAAGCUUUCAGAAAAACAUAAAAAUGAAUGAAGCUGUAUGUAAUGAAGAUAUCAUAAAUAAGACAAGUAAGUCACUUGUUGAUGAAUACAGAUUGCUUUUGAAUGAACUUUUCGAAUUGGAAAUGAGGACCCUUGGAAAACAGAAGACUAAUGAAGUACAACAAGGUGACGGUAAUGAGCGCCAAAAAGCCUUGCAUCUAGGCGAAAAUAUUGUCAGACAUAGUAAAAAACAUUUAAAAGAAUCUCGGAAAUCAGAAGGCGACAUGGGGUCUGCCAAAUCCUGCCAAACAACCAAAUCUAUUCCUAAAAAGAAAAGGCCCAGAAGAAAAUCAAAAUUUUGUCAAGCGUCACUAAGUCUGCGAAAAUCUUACAAGUCAUCCCAUACACAGAGCACUGUCAAAUCCCGACUCAAGACCUUCAAAAACGUUGCGACCUCUACACGACCUGAUUCUCAAAGGAUUUCACCCGAUGCUGAAGUAACCCGCAAACUUUCCAAGCGACAUUCGAAAGAUAUAACAGUUGGUCCACAAAAUUCGUUGAAAAAAAAUAUAGAACCUCCAAAAAGCGUUAGCACCCCAUCUGAACCUUCCGCAAAUAAACUCGAACCCAACACAGAUGACUCCCUUUCUGGACACACAUCCUACUCAAGUUCCACUACGAUCCAAAUUGAACACUUUACGGACCAUUUGGAGAGGAAACUCCUCCAAAUGGAACGUAGACAAUACUCCAUUGCCAAAGACAUGAUCGCCGAAAUCUGCAAGCAAGCGCGGCGGGGAAAUCUUUCCAAGAAAUCACUUGAGGAAAUGGAAGCUCUUUUUGAAACCUCCAGGACUGCAAAAAGCGUUGACUGUAAAAAGCAUAAGUCUGAAGUUGUUCCACUGAAAAAGAGGCGUUCAGAAAAAAGACGUCAAUUUGAUGCCGCUGAACUUGAUUUUAUAGUACAAAAAGAAAAAGAAUUAUUAACUAGAUAUUUGUCUGAUUUUUAGAAUUUGCCUAAAUUUUAUCUUUGAUAUGAGUAUUUGAAUAAUAAAUUGUAUGUUCCGUGA